CAGUGUGUCAGUCAAGUGACAUUUUAUUAACUACAGCGUUGUUGCUUUGUUUUUGUGUUAUUUUUAAUGGAAUGCGUGAUAAAUUCACCAAAAUCAUCUUAAAACAAGUUAUUAUUUGAAAUGAACGAAAUUGAAGAUGACGUUACAUUUUGUGAUUCUGCGACAUCGUUAGUGGAAGGAUGCCGUUUACCUGUGCGUAUGCAGGGAGGAGAUGAUUGGCCUCUCGCAGAAAUUAUUAGCAUUAAGGAAAUACGAGGACAAAGAGGAUAUUAUGUGCACUAUGUCGAUUUCAACAAACGUCUGGAUGAAUGGGUUGGUGAAUCAUGGUUGGACACCCGCAAGGUACAGUUUCCGAGGAGGGACGGAGCGCCCACAGGAGGUACCACCACACCAAAGAAGACUCAUAUUGGAUCUGGAGGUGGCUUGAUGCCUCAUUUUAUUAAUGACAGUGUCAGCAAUGACACUCUGAAGUCUAGUAUCAAUAGCCAUAAAGCCACUAACGUGAGCCACCCGACCCCACCCAAAAUACCUGAAAAACUCCAUCCUACCAAUGCACUCAAUGGUUCCGCUCAAAAAUCUGCACAUGCAACAGUGGGCCUGCCAGGAGAGCCGCGGCAGCUGAUCUCGCGGCCGGCCAGCCCGACUCUUGCACACGAGACCUCGUCAUUGGUCAACGGAGGCGCCGUACUCGCUGCUGCGCUGCAGAAGAAGAUGAACAGGAAACGGAAGGCCAAUUCGCUGGAUAUUGACCCGGAAGUACCAUCACUGGAAGCGGCGGAGGGCGAAGCGGCGAGCGGAGCGGCGACACCUACCACGAGGCCGAGGCAGUCGGGCAGUAUGCUGGCGCACGGACACGACGAUCUCGUCACCAGGAUGAAGAACAUCGAGAUGAUUGAACUGGGGAGACAUAGGAUAAGGCCGUGGUACUUUGCGCCUUAUCCACAGGAAAUGGUGAACCUACCUUGUAUCUACAUUUGUGAGUUCUGUCUCAAGUAUAGAAAGAGUAAAAAGUGUUUGGAAAGACAUUUGAUAAAAUGUAAGCUAAAACAUCCGCCAGGCAACGAGAUAUACCGCAAAGGUAGCAUAUCGUUCUUCGAGAUAGACGGAAGGAAGAACAAAUGUUACGCGCAAAACCUGUGUCUACUCGCCAAGCUGUUCCUAGACCAUAAGACGUUGUAUUACGACACGGACCCCUUUCUGUUUUACGUUAUGACUGAAUUUGAUUCUAGAGGAUUUCACAUAGUAGGCUAUUUUUCAAAGGAGAAAGAGAGUACGGAAGACUACAACGUAGCAUGUAUAUUGACUCUGCCGCCGUACCAAAGAAAGGGGUACGGGAAGUUACUCAUCGAAUUUAGUUACGAGCUAUCCAAGUUCGAGGGUAAGACGGGGUCGCCGGAGAAGCCGCUGUCGGACCUGGGGCUGCUGUCGUACCGCAGCUACUGGGCGCAGACCAUCCUCGACAUCCUCAUGCACAGCAAACCACAGGGCGACAAUGAGAAACCCAUCAUUACCAUCAACGAAAUAUGUGAGCUGACCAGUAUUAAGAAAGAAGACGUCAUAAGCACACUGCAGAACCUUAACCUCAUUAACUACUACAAGGGCCAGUACAUAAUAUCAGUAAAUAAGGAACUAAUUCAGCAACACGAAAAAGCUAUGGAGAAAAGGACGCUCAGAAUCGACCCUAAAUGCCUCCAUUGGACCCCUAAAGAUUGGUCGAAACGUUCGAAAUGCGUAUGAAGUGGCAAAGUUUCGAAGAUGCAAGCUAUCUAACGGCUUCGAAACGUAAAAGUCAUUCUGAGGUCCCGAUGAUGCAGUUCAACUACAUGUUAGUAAUAUACCACUUUAUACUUAAUAUUUUAAACAAUUCAAAGGGUUAUCUUAAUAAUGAACGUAAUAUAUGAAGAAUUACACACUUGCCAAAUAUACAUAAAUCAAUUACAUGUCCUUUGAUAAAAAAUCUAAAUAAUAAUAUGUAUGCGUUGUAGAUAUACAUUGAGGUUUGUAUGUUUUAGUUAAAAUGCACUUGUAUGCAUGUUUGAAAUGUAGUACAUUUGUAAUGUAAGACUUUUGUGAUAUUAAAUAAUAUCAUUGUUGAAA